AUGCUCGGCGCACCCCUCGCUCGCCUCGACAACAAGCCCCUCGUCGCCCGCGUGGACAGCGCCAGCGCCGGCGAUGUAGGGGGCAAGCGUCCGCCGGCGGCCCCACCGGGAACCCCGACGGGGGCUCCAGUGCCGCCAAACGCGCUUGGGGGCAAGACUGACCCAUACGCGUGGUCGAGCAUGCGCAAGGCAAGUGCGGCGUGCACUGGUAACAUCGUGCUCUUCGUCGUCGCCGCCGCGUCGUUCAUGGUGCCCAUUUCGUCGAGCGCCUACUCGCCCAUCUUUCCGUCCAUCCAGCGCCAGUUCGACGCCUCGCAAGGCGAAAUCGCACUCACCGUCUCGGUCUUCGUGCUCGGCGUGGGCGUGUUCCCCAUCUUCUGGGCCGUGGUCGGCGAGCUCGGGGGACGGCGGUACCCCUACCUCGUCUGCAUGCUAAUCUACGCCGGCGCGUCGUUUGCCGGCGCGCGCGCACAUAACGUCAAGAGCUUGAUCGGUAUCCGCAUCGUCCAGGCGUUUGGCGCGAGCGUGCAGGCCCUCGGGGCGGGCACACUGGCCGACAUGUACCGCCCCAGCGAGCGCGGAACAAAGAUGGGCAUAUACACCACCUCGCCUCUGCUCGGGUCGUCGAUCGGGGCCAUCAUCGGCGGUGGCUUCGCGCAAUCACUCGGAUGGCCGAGUGUCUUCUACUUCUUCGGUAUCGCCGGCGCGGUCAUCGCAGCCUGUUUGGCCCUCAUUCCCGACAGCUACCGCCCCUCGCGCAGCCUGACGCGGCAGCGCAAAGCGGCGAUCACGCGCCUUGGACUUCCCUGGCGGAAGCGGUACGCGCGCAUGUUCCUCGAGCUGAGCCCUAUCGGGUCGAUGUGGCCAAUCGUCAAGAAUCCGGCCAACCUCAUGAUGCUGGCCUACUCUGGCGUCAUCUUUGCCGUGCUCUUCUCGCUCAUGUACACGGCCUCGAUCCACCUGUUGCAGCCUCCGUACGCGCUCACCGAGCUCAAGCUGGGCGCUGUCCUCUUGUCCCUUGGCGCCGGCAACGUCCUCGGCUCGGCGCUUGGCGGGCGAUACUGCGACCGCGUGCUUGAGCAGCAGCGGAAAGAGGACAGUGACACGUUCAAUCCUUCGGGCCAGUUGAAGGCCACCUUCUGCAUGCUGCCGCUGGUGGCGCCAUCCGUACUGGCGUACGGGUGGAUGAUGGACAAGUCGGUCCAUCUCGCCGGCCCGACCAUGAUGAUGUUCCUGUUCGGCCUGUCCUCGUCGUGGGUGUACGCUGGCUGUCUCACAUUCCUCGUCAACAACAACCCUGGACGAGCGUCUGCGGCAGCCGCGUGCAACUCGUUCUUCCGCGCCGCGUUCUCAUUCGCAUCGAGUGAGAUGGCCAGUCCAGUCGAUAAUGCAAUCGGGCAAGGCUGGCUGUACACCAUCUGGGCGGUCGCGCUGCUCCUCGGCUCGUCAACUGUAGUCAUUGCCUACUCGUCGAAGCGUUUCCAUAGCAGCAUCUCGCACGGACUGUAAUGUAGAGCAUCCUCGCUGUCACUGUACCCUCCACCAUGUAACCCCUCUGCAACAGUUCCGGUAAUGCUCAUAUCAUGAUGCAUUAUGUA